UCUCACUCUUUCUUUCUCUCUUUCAUUCACCCCUCCCUUCUCACCUUACUUUUCUGCUAAGUUGCUUAAAGCUGCAGCGCCACAACCAACCCCCUCUCUCUAUCCCUCUCUCACUCUGCUUUUCUCCCUUCUCUCUCCUAGGGUUUAUACUCCUCACCACUAAUCCUUCAACCUCUCAACUCUCCAUUGCAGUAUCUUCAAUGCGACAUCCAUAUCUCUCACCUUACACUUCUCAACCUCGCAUCCUGCUUGUACUAAAUUAUUAUAGGUGAAGAAAGAGUGGGGGAGUUUCUGGUGAGGUGUGAAGCUAAGAAAUGACGUCGAGAGGGGGGGCGGAGCCGUCGCUGCAGCGGCGGUUAACGAGGACGCAGACGGUGGGGAACAUCGGGGAGUCGAUAUUUGAUAGUGAGGUGGUGCCGUCGUCACUGGUGGAGAUCGCCCCUAUUCUUCGUGUUGCUAAUGAAGUCGAGCCCAGCAAUCCCCGUGUCGCAUAUCUCUGUCGAUUUUAUGCCUUCGAGAAAGCUCAUCGUCUAGACCCCACAUCAAGUGGACGUGGUGUACGCCAAUUUAAAACUGCACUUCUGCAGCGGCUUGAAAGGGAGAAUGAUCCAACCUUGAUGGGCAGGGUGAAAAAAAGUGAUGCCCGUGAAAUGCAGAGCUUUUAUCAGCAUUACUACAAAAAGUACAUCCAAGCUUUGCAAAAUGCUGCUGAUAAAGCUGAUCGUGCCCAGCUUACAAAAGCAUACCAAACUGCAAAUGUUCUCUUUGAAGUUUUGAAAGCAGUCAAUCAGACACAAUCUGUAGAAGUGGAUCGUGAGAUUUUAGAAACUCAUGAUAAAGUUGCCGAGAAGACAGAGAUAUAUGUCCCUUAUAAUAUACUUCCACUUGAUCCAGAUAGUGUGAAUCAGGCAAUCAUGAAGUAUCCAGAGAUUCAAGCUGCUGUUUAUGCUCUUCGAAAUACCAGAGGCCUUCCCUGGCCUAAGGAUUACAAGAAGAAGAAAGAUGAAGAUAUUCUUGAUUGGCUUCAAUCAAUGUUUGGUUUUCAGAAAGACAAUGUUGCAAAUCAAAGAGAGCAUCUCAUCUUGCUGCUAGCUAAUGUACACAUACGGCAGAAUCCAAAGCCUGACCAACAACCUAAGUUGGACGAACGUGCUUUGAAUCAUGUGAUGAAGAAACUCUUCAAGAACUAUAAGAAAUGGUGCAAGUACUUAGAUCGCAAAAGUAGUCUUUGGUUGCCAACCAUACAACAGGAAGUGCAACAACGUAAACUAUUAUACAUGGGAUUGUAUCUCCUUAUAUGGGGCGAGGCUGCAAAUUUGAGAUUCAUGCCAGAAUGUUUAUGCUAUAUAUAUCAUCAUAUGGCUUUUGAACUCUAUGGCAUGCUAGCUGGCAAUGUCAGUCCCAUGACUGGUGAAAAUGUGAAGCCAGCCUAUGGAGGAGAAGAGGAAGCUUUCUUGAGAAAAGUUGUUACUCCGAUCUAUGAAGUGAUUGCACAUGAAGCUAAAAUGAGCAGAAGAGGAAAAUCAAAGCAUUCCCAGUGGAGGAACUAUGAUGACAUAAAUGAAUACUUUUGGUCUGUAGAUUGCUUCAGAUUAGGUUGGCCUAUGCGUGCUGAUGCUGAUUUCUUUUGCCUGUCACCGGGAGACAAAAAUGAGGGUCAGAAUACUAGAGAUCGUUGGGUGGGAAAGGUUAAUUUCGUUGAGAUACGCUCAUUUUGGCACAUCUUUAGAAGCUUCGACAGAAUGUGGAGUUUCUUCAUAUUGUGUUUACAGGCUAUGAUAAUUGUUGCUUGGAAUGGUAAUGGGGAACCUAGCGCAAUAUUUGAUGCUGAUGUUUUCAAGAAAGUACUUAGCAUCUUCAUUACUGCAGCUAUUCUAAAGCUUGGACAAGCCCUUCUUGACAUGAUUCUUAGUGUUAAAGCAAGGCGAAGCAUGUCAUUCUAUGUUAAGCUUAGAUAUAUCCUAAAAGUUGUAUCAGCUGCUGCUUGGGUGAUAAUCCUACCUGUUACAUAUGCUUAUACAUGGAAAAAUCCUCCAGCAUUUGCUCAAGCCAUCAAAAAUUUGUUUGGCAAUAAUUCAAGUUCUCCCUCACUCUUUAUCCUUGCUGUUGUAAUAUACCUAUCUCCAAAUAUGCUUGCCGCUGUUCUAUUCCUUUUCCCACUUAUUCGUCGAUUCCUUGAGAGAUCAAACUACAAAAUUGUGAUGCUCAUGAUGUGGUGGUCACAGCCUCGACUGUAUGUUGGUAGGGGAAUGCAUGAGAGCGCAUUUUCUCUUUUCAAGUACACAAUGUUCUGGGUUCUACUUAUUGUGACAAAGUUAGCUUUCAGUUACUAUUUGGAGAUCAAGCCUUUAGUAGUUCCAACAAAAGCUAUCAUGAGUGUCCACAUCACCACUUAUCAGUGGCAUGAAUUUUUUCCACAUGCUAGAAGCAAUAUUGGUGUUGUGGUUGCACUUUGGGCUCCCAUCAUUCUUGUAUAUGUCAUGGAUACUCAGAUCUGGUAUGCCAUAUUCUCUACCAUUUUUGGUGGCAUUUAUGGGGCAUUCCGUCGACUUGGAGAGAUUCGCACUUUAGGAAUGUUGAGGUCCCGCUUUGAGUCUCUGCCCGGUGCGUUCAAUGCAUGCCUAAUACCAGAGGAUAAGAACGAACCACCACAAAAAAAGAAGGGAUUGAAGGCCACCUUUUCCCAGAAAUUUGCUGUGCCAUCCAACAAAGAAAAAGAAGCAGCCAGGUUUGCUCAGUUAUGGAAUAAAAUUAUCAGUAGCUUCAGAGAGGAGGAUCUUAUUAGCGACAGGGAAAUGGACCUCUUGCUUGUACCAUAUUGGGCAGACCGUGAGUUGGAGAUAGUACAGUGGCCUCCGUUUUUGCUUGCCAGCAAGAUUCCAAUAGCAGUCGAUAUGGCUAAGGAUAGUAAUGGCAAGGACCGUGAGCUGACAAAGAGAAUUGAUGCAGACCCUUACAUGUCUUCUGCUGUUUCUGAGUGCUAUGCUUCAUUUCGGAAUAUUAUUAAAAGCUUGGUUCGCGGUGAUCGUGAAAUGAAGGUUAUUGAGAUUAUCUUUUCUGAAGUUGACAAGCAUAUAGUGGCGGGUAAUCUAAUUAGUCAAUUCAAAAUGAGUGCGCUUCCCAGCCUUUAUGACCUUUUUGUGAAGCUUAUCAAAUACUUGCUUGAUAAUAAGCCAGAGGAUAGAGAUCAAGUUGUGAUUCUUUUCCAAGACAUGCUUGAAGUUGUUACACGAGAUAUAAUGGAGGAGGAUCACGUAUCCAUCUUGGUAGAUUCAAUCCAUGGGGCUUCUGGACAUGAAGGAAUGAUUCCUUUUGAACAUCAGCAAUAUCAAUUAUUUGCAUCUGCUGGUGCCAUAAAAUUUCCAGCACAGGAAUCAGAGGCUUGGAAAGAAAAGAUCAAAAGAUUGUUUUUACUCCUUACAGUAAAGGAGUCUGCAAUGGAUGUACCAUCCAAUCUAGAAGCUAGGAGGCGAAUAUCAUUUUUCUCCAAUUCUUUGUUUAUGAACAUGCCUUCUGCUCCGAAAGUCCGUAACAUGCUUUCGUUCUCUGUUUUGACUCCAUACUACACAGAGGAGGUCCUUUUCUCAUUGAAAGGCCUUGAAGAACCAAAUGAAGAUGGGGUCUCCAUCCUUUUCUAUUUGCAGAAAAUUUUCCCAGAUGAAUGGAACAACUUCCUUGAGCGUAUGAAUUGCCUCGGUGACGAAGAGCUAAAAGCAUUAUUGGAAAUAGAAGAAAAAGCUUUGUAUGCAAGUGAACAACUACGUCUUUGGGUAUCCUAUAGGGGCCAGACAUUGACUAGAACUGUGAGAGGGAUGAUGUAUUACCGCAAAGCUCUAGAACUUCAAGCCUUCCUUGAUAUGGCCCGGGAUGAAGACUUGAUGGAAGGGUAUAAAGCCAUUGAGUUAAAUGAGGAUCAAAUGAAGGGAGAAAGGUCAUUGUGGGCACAAUGUCAAGCAGUGGCUGAUAUGAAAUUUACAUAUGUUGUAUCAUGCCAGUCAUAUGGUAUUCACAAACGAUCUGGUGAUCCGCGUGCACAAGAUAUUUUACGACUCAUGACAACGUACCCAUCUCUCCGUGUUGCAUAUAUUGAUGAAGUUGAAGAACCAACCAAAGACAGGCCAAAGAAAGUCAACCAAAAGGUUUACUACUCGACUCUUGUGAAGGCUGCAUUGCCAAAGUCAAAUUCCUCUGAGCCUGGCCAAAAUUUGGAUCAGAUUAUAUAUCGAAUAAAAUUACCAGGUACUGCUAUCUUGGGUGAAGGAAAGCCUGAGAAUCAAAACCAUGCUAUUAUCUUUACACGCGGAGAAGGUUUGCAAACAAUAGAUAUGAAUCAGGAUAACUAUAUGGAAGAAGCAUUGAAAAUGAGAAACUUGCUUCAAGAGUUUCUGAAAAAGCAUGACGGUGUGAGGUAUCCUUCUAUACUUGGGUUGAGGGAGCACAUAUUUACUGGAAGUGUUUCUUCUCUUGCUUGGUUUAUGUCGAAUCAAGAGACCAGCUUUGUCACUAUUGGUCAGAGACUGUUGGCCAACCCACUUAGGGUUCGAUUCCAUUAUGGCCAUCCUGAUGUUUUUGAUAGAUUAUUCCACUUAACAAGGGGUGGAGUCAGCAAAGCUUCUAAAGUUAUCAAUCUAAGUGAGGACAUAUUUGCUGGCUUCAAUUCUACACUUCGUGAGGGCAAUGUAACUCACCAUGAAUAUAUUCAAGUUGGUAAAGGGAGGGAUGUGGGGCUUAAUCAAAUUUCUCUAUUUGAAGCCAAGAUAGCCAAUGGUAAUGGAGAGCAAACAGUGAGUCGUGAUUUAUACAGACUUGGGCACCGAUUUGACUUUUUCCGAAUGCUAUCGUGUUACUUCACUACUAUUGGGUUCUACUUUAGCACAUUGAUUACUGUUCUUAUUGUUUAUGUCUUCCUUUACGGACGCCUUUAUCUUGUCCUCAGUGGACUUGAAGAAGGACUUAUUACCCAGCCAGCAAUUCGUGACAAUAAGUCUCUUCAAGUUGCUCUUGCUUCUCAAUCCUUUGUUCAAAUUGGGUUUUUAAUGGCCCUUCCUAUGAUGAUGGAAAUUGGCUUAGAAAGGGGCUUUCGCACUGCACUUAGUGAAUUUAUACUCAUGCAAUUGCAGUUGGCUCCUGUGUUCUUUACGUUUUCAUUGGGAACUAAGACACAUUAUUAUGGAAGGACACUCCUUCAUGGUGGAGCAAAAUAUAGGCCCACAGGUCGUGGUUUUGUGGUGUUUCAUGCUAGAUUUGCUGAUAAUUAUCGGUUCUACUCCCGUAGCCACUUUGUUAAGGGACUUGAGCUAUUGAUACUACUAGUAGUGUAUCAAAUUUUUGGAGAAGCUUAUAGAGGAACUGUUGCAUAUAUCUUAAUAACCGUGUCUAUUUGGUUCAUGGUUGGAACAUGGCUGUUUGCUCCAUUCCUUUUCAAUCCCUCAGGUUUUGAAUGGCAAAAGAUAGUUGAUGAUUGGACUGAUUGGAACAAAUGGAUAAGCAACUCUGGAGGUAUAGGUGUCACUCCGGAGAGAAGUUGGGAAUCAUGGUGGGAAGAGGAACAAGAGCAUCUUCGCCAUUCUGGAUUGCGUGGCAUCAUCACUGAGAUUAUACUAUCUUUACGAUUCUUCAUAUAUCAGUAUGGUCUCGUCUAUCACUUGAACAUCACAAAACACAAUCAAAGUUUUCUGAUUUAUGGCGCAUCAUGGCUGGUUAUCAUUGUUAUGCUUUUUGUAAUGAAGACUAUUUCUGUUGGACGGAGAAAAUUCAGUGCAAGUUUUCAACUUGUGUUUCGUCUCAUCAAAGGGAUGAUAUUUCUCACAUUCAUCUCGAUCCUGGCAAUUUUGAUUGCACUACCUCACAUGACUGUUCGGGACAUUGUGGUGUGCAUUCUUGCCUUCUUACCAACCGGUUGGGGUUUACUCCUGAUUGCCCAAGCAUGCAAACCCCUUGUGCAAAAGGCUGGAUUCUGGGGAUCCGUUCGAACACUUGCCCGUGGCUACGAGAUAGUGAUGGGAUUACUUCUGUUCACUCCUGUUGCUUUUCUGGCCUGGUUUCCUUUCGUUUCUGAAUUCCAGACUCGGAUGCUGUUCAACCAAGCGUUUAGCCGAGGUCUCCAAAUUUCGCGUAUUCUGGGUGGGCACAGGAAAGAUCGGAAUCGAAACAAGGAGUGAGCUGGGCUCGCAGGCAAGCGCCAUUGCAAUUGUACUCUAUUCUAUCUAUUCAUGAGACUCUUGUUCAUUCCCCCCAGUCUGAGGUGCCACUGUAAUUAUGUAACAUUAGGCGCUGCAGUUUUUGUGUAGUCGAGAUCGGUCGGUGCUUGUUGAAGAGUUACAAUCACAUUGAUGGAGAUUUUUUUUUUUUUAAUGAUUAUUAUUACAAUUCCUUCACUGUUCCUCAUUUUUUAACAACUUUUUUCCAUUCUCCGGAGAUUUAUACCAUUAAAUUUAACCU